GCGCCCCGCGUGGAUUCUGAUUGGGCUGCUUAGCAAUCGAAUAAACAGAAUACGCCAUAUUGACAGUUUCCGAAGAGAGCAACAUAUUUAUGUAAAAAAUGACAAAAUAACUGACUUUGUUCGCGGUAGACGCUAAGAUGGCGCACACUGGAGCAAUCGAAGUGGCGUCUAUGGAGGAUUGCUCUGCAAAGCAGGGCUCUAGUGUCUGCCUACGAAGUCGCUCAUGCUACAGCGAGAGAGACGGUCAGGUACGGACUGUCAAAGCUGUUCUUCUGUCCAAGCUGGGCCCCCACGAGCCUGUCCUGACUUAUCUACAGUCCAUCCUGGUGUGGGAAAGACCGUUCCAGAGUGUCCUUCUCUUUACAGUUGUUAACGUUGUGUUCUGGUUUUUUGCUCUCACAUCACUGCGCCUGCUGUUCUUACUGGCUUCUGGACUGGCUGUGCUUGUAUUUGUUGAUACCUGGAGGAAUAAGAUCUGGCCUACGAUUAGAGUCAGAAAACUGGAUGAAUCAGAAAAUGAGAGUUGGGGUCUGGUGCAGCCUGGCAUCCUCAGUGUGCCUGAACUGUGUCACCAUCUUGCAGAGGCCUGGGUCAGUGCAUCAGUGUUCACAUGCAGCAUGGUGGAGUACAAACGAAAAAGCCCUGGCAAUUUUUGCAUUUUGACCUGCGUAGUUUUAACCUGUUUGGCUGUGAUUGGAUGCUACCUUCCUGGAUUGGUGCUCUCCUACUCUGCUUUGUUAGCCACUCUCCUGACCCCCCUGGCAGCCUAUCACAGGGUUUUUCAGCAUGUGUGUGUGAAGCUGGGGCCAGUCCUGCAGCGGCUGGACUUCAGUGUUCGUGGAUACAUGAUGUCAAAGCCCAUAGAUAAUCAGUUUUUGCGAAGGCCCAUAUAUGGUGCAGCCUCAGGUGAAGCCAGUGACAGUGAGGAGGAAUUGGCUGCUUUCUGCCCAACAUUUGAUGACACUAUUGUUGCAAAGGAACUUGCACUGACUGACUCUGAGCACUCUGAUGCUGAAGUGUCCUACACUGAUAAUGGAACAUUUAACCUAUCACGUGGCCAAACCCCUCUUACAGAGGGCUCUGAAGAUUUGGACCGGCACAGUGAUGCUGAGGAAUCCUUUGCACAAGACCUCCCUGACUUCCCCUCUAUAAAUCCUGAUGCCACUCUGAUGGAUGACGACGAUGACACAAGCAUUGGGUUACCUAGCCUGGGUCCAUCUGGGCUAGCUAGUCUCCGCGCUUCAGUGCUGGAUGUGGAUGCUCAUCUGGAGUCGGACCAAGAGGAUCUGGAUGCAGAACUUUCUCUCAGUGGCUUGCCACCUGCCUCAGAUUUCACUGGAGACUUGGCUGGUGUCAUUGCCAGCAACAUGAUCCAGGCGGCGCUGGCUGGUGCACUGCAGCCUCACCCUCCUGCUACCCGACGCAGACAAGGGCCUCCCAAAGCCGGGUCCCACCGAAGCUACAGGAAGCAGUCCAGCUCUGAGCUGGACACAGACUUGGAUGCAGAAGACUUUGAAAUGCUGGAUCAGUCUGAACUGAACCAGAUGGAUCCCCUCGGAGGAGGAGGAGGGGUUGGUAGAAGAGGUGAAAGCCAGGGGUCUAACUUCUUAUCGAGCCUGCUUGGUAAACCACAGUAAAGUGUGCGCACUGCUGAAGGUGCGUGCCUGUGUUUGUAGCUGAGUUUAUAAUGAUGAGCUGUGAACGACUGUUGUUGCCUCAGCUCUGCUUCUCAUCUGUUUAUCACUGUGAAGCAUUUCAUUUUCAACUUUGUCUUCUGUUCUCUUCAAAUCUAUCAAGAAAACUUUUACUUUGUAGGCUGAGCAAUAGGAAAAUACAAAAAAGUAAAUCACAGUGAGCCAUUAUCUAAACCAGCAUUGUUGAACUUUGUUGCAGUUUUGCAACUUUAAAUACCCGUAACUUACAGGAGUAUUAGUUUGCAACUUUGAUUACAAAAUAAAAAAAGUGCCCAUAAGAUCUUUUCUACAUGGAGGUGUAGACAUACAGGGCUACUUGACAUAGGACCAAAUAACACAUUCCUAUUGCUUGAGCUGAGCCAUAUUUGGUAAUGAAAGUUAAGCAGCAUUUAAUGGUGAAGUACAUUCAAGUUAUUGCAAUUGUCAUCAACCCUUCAAAAAAACAGAAAAUUUAUGUUAUAGUAGUUAAUGUGCCUCUGUCUUAACAUGUUGACAUGACUUAUUGGAGGUGGGUUUGUUUGAUUUUGCAGGUUACCAGCUUCAUUUAAGUUUGGUUUUUGGACUCUCCACUGAGAUGAAAAUUAAUUUUAUUUGGAUAAAGUUUCUAUUUUCUGUG